AUGCAUCACAACUUCCAGGAGCCUGUCCCCAAACUUGCCAAGCAAAAUGCCAGCCUCGCCAAAGUCUCCGGAGAAGCUCCGCAAGUCCCAGUCGUUUCGCGGAAGUCAGGCAAUGUCUACGACAAACGGCUCAUAGAGGCUUUCAUAACCGAGAAUGGCACGGAACCCACCACCGGCGACACCUUAACAGUCGAAGACCUCAUUACUCUACAGACACCAAGCGCAGUCAAGCCGCGCCCUCCAACAUUGACCUCGAUACCCUCGUUACUCGGCGUGCUACAGUCAGAAUGGGACGCUCUGGCGCUGGAGACCUACACAUUGCAGCAGAACUUGGCACAGACAAGACAAGAACUCAGCAAUGCGCUCUACCAGCACGAUGCAGCGGUCCGAACUGUUGCGCGCUUGACCAAGGAACGUGACGAUGCGCGCGAAGCACUUGCGAAGGUCAACGUAAACGGGGCGACAAACGGCGAUGCCAUGCACGUUGACGCUCGUCCGCUGUCCGCGGGCAUCAUUGCCAAAAUUCAGAGCACCCAAGAAUCACUUUCGUCAACACGGCGGAAACGACCAGUACCCGCGGAGUGGGCAACCGCAGAGUCAAUAGCAGGAUAUCAAGCAGGUCGAACACUGCCGACAGCAAGCAAAGGCGUCACAGCGCUUGCAGUACAAUCGGAUGGCGACCUUGCGCUGGUCGGUGGAAUCGAUGGCCUGGUCAGCGUCGUCUCAACUUCGAGUGGGGAAGUGGUCAACUCGUUUUCCGCGGGAUCGGGCGAAGUCACUGGCGCGUUAUGGGUCAAAGACCGCGCCAUUCUCGCGACGUCGAACGGCCGGGUCAGCGUCAGAUCAGCAGCUGACGGAGCCGAAUUAUCCAGCUCGACGCCUCACAAUGGGUUCGUCUCCGCUCUAGCGUCACAUCCCAGCGGAGAUCUAUUUGCUAGCGCCGGCGCCGAUGGGACCUAUGUCAUCUACGAGCGAGACUCAGGAAAUGUAGCCACGCAGGUCGACACGGGUUCAGGCAAGUGUCAUACCCCCCUCGAGUCAAGCACAAUACUGACCUUUUCAGCACUCACAUGCGCACAGUUUCACCCGGAUGGUCACUUACUAGCAUUCGGCAAUCGGGAAGGCUCGAUCAAGGUCUACGACGUCAAGUCUGGCACACAAGCUGCUGUGUUCGAAUUUGGAUCAGCCUUGAAACGUGUCGUGUUCUCAGAGAACGGCGUGCUUCUGGCCGGAGUUGUCGAAGACUCGUCUGUUGUCUCGGUCUGGGACAUUCGGAAGCAAGCAGAAGUGACUGCGCUCGAUAUAGGCGGUGUGGUGGAAUCUAUCGCCUGGGAUUACACAGGCCAGUUCCUUGCGGCAGGGGGGGCGAAGGGCGUUGUGGUCCACCAGUAUUCGAAAAAGGCAUGGUCUGAGACGCUACGAUUACCGACACUGUCGACCAGCCUCGCAUGGGGACCUGACGCUCGCAGCAUAGUCAGCGUCGAUUCGGAAGGCGUGGUCAGUAUUUUGGCCUGA